UGUCGCGCGUGUUGUGCGAUGGCUGUGCGUGAAGUUGUUUUGUUCCAGUGGCUGCUGUGUUUUUGUCACUCAAGUGUUUCACUGUCAAAUUUUAAGUGAUCUUGAGACGACAGCGAUGUCUACAGAAUGAUAGUGAUCGAAGUGCUUGUAACAGUCGCCUGUGCAGUUUGAUGUGGAUGAACACCUUUCCCUGGGUCGGUGCGUGCGCGCGUUUUGCACUGAAAAUGCUGCCUGGACCGCGUCGGUAAAAUGCGCUCGUGGGUAAUGCUGGAAAGCUUUGCUUGUUGCUACCGUGACCCAGGAGCAUAUGAUUCAGCCCUGCAGAGCUUUGGCUGUCAAAAUGUUGUGGGCAAAGCGCCAUAACUCCUUGUGAGUAGCGACAAACAAGACGAGCUCGUUCUGGUUGGAACAAUGAAGUGAAUGUGAAAGGUGAAAUAUGAAGUCAGCUUUCAAAGAACGGCAGCUGUCCGAUUACUCGGCAACAUCGCAGCGGCCUAAGCGUAAUGCUUCUACAAAAGGACUGGGAUGCAGCAAUGGUCUUCACUGGAUGGAAGAGAAGCAGCUGAAGAAAGCGCUGUAUGCUUCACUGAAUGAAACCAAAAAAGCUCGGUUGUUGGAUGAGAAUACAUCAGAAGAUAGCCGGGAGCAGACGCCCAAAACUUCAGUAAGCGCAGUUGUCACAAAAAAGGCAACUGACACCGAUUCUAAAAGGAUAAAAGUACAUGCUCAGCGCAAGUUUGCUCAGGGUUCCAACCCAAGCAGUCCCAUGCCAACGCCAGUCAAGCUUCUGCCACCAUGUCGUGACGCUAGAGAGACAGUGAGCCAACCUUCAACACUGCUGCCCUGCAAGCGGAGACCAAAAACAGAAGACUUCCUUACAUUCCUUUGCCUCAGAGGCACAAGUGCUCUUCCACCUGCACUCGACUUUAUGAGUGGCACAGCUUUUCCUGGUUCAUCGUCCUCUUCGGAUCGAAGUAGCAGUCCUGAUCUUGAUGCACCAGUGACGUCAACCAGUGCUGAGAUUAAAGAUAGGGGAGCCAACGCAAAUUCACAUGGGGGAACUACUACUGCUGAGCUGCGCAGUGCAGCACAGCGUACUUCUGCACGUGUGUCGAAACAGGACCGACGACCCUUGAGGCUUGAUAAUGGGGAAGAAAAGCAAGGGACCGAGCAUAGAGCCAGCCGGUCUGCCACAGUGAAGAAGAUAGACAAGAGGAAGGUUGCACCUGAAAAAUUGAAGGAAGCAUACAAAGCUGGCAGCAUUUCAAGGAGUCAUGGCAAGCGAAGUGCAAACUUGGCAGCACUGCAAGAAAAGUACAAACAGCGGAGGAUUGCACAGCGGUCUGCACCAUCUAGAAAGCCAUCAGCUUUAGGUCUUGGAGGAGGACAUGCCCUCAGGUCACAAGCCACCCGUGAAGCGUCACACUCGGGUUCAAAGGGGGCACUAAAAACUUCAUGCGUGAAGCCAAGGGAACAGUCGACCAGUGUGCCAUUAAUUCGACACCCUAUUUCAUCUAAAGAUGAGGAUAUGGCUGCUAAGAACCGAUUGGUGCUGAAAAGGCAGUUGAGUGUCCAGCUGACGCGCCUUCACCCACGCAUUGCAGCUGGCUUGCGAUUGCCCAUCAUGGCCAAUACAGGAACCGGUGUUGUUACACGUAGACGCUCUGUUGGGAUUACACCACAUUUACGCAAAGCCAAAAUGGUUCCACCAAUUGUAGACUAUGAAUCGGAGAGUGAAAAAGACCUGUCGCCAUUAUCCCCUCCAAGGUCCCCUGUCAUCGCUGUUCAGCCAAGGUUACGAGCUGCAGGAAGUAAGACUCUUAACACAUCACAGAAGCCAAAGGGCAAAAUUACUGCUUCAGCACCAGCAUCUAAGAAGAAGCCAACUUCUGUUAUUGCUAGGAAGCUGCUUAGUCGUGCCACAACAAGGAUGCGACCUUCAUCGAAAGCUCGCAAGGCUACUAGAUGUGCAAUGUUCAGACGCAAAACACGAAGCCUUGGUCCUGUAAAGGAAUAUCCGCUUGUUCUGGCUCUACCAACCAAACGAGGAGCAGGUCGCUUCGGUGGUACAGUUUCAAAAAAUAAAGCUGACGAACUUGCUGCCAGGUUUGCUAAAUCAAAAGCUCCUUUGACAAAGUGCAGUGAGUUAGUGCCAAUCUCAGCUAGAGCAGGCUCUGUAGCAGUAGAACAGAAGAUUAAAAAGGGCACAAUAUUCAGGCAAAAUGACAGCAUGGUAAAACGAUCCUCUCGUAGGAGUUCAAGCGAGUGUUUGAAGGAUACACGAAGCUUGAAACAGAGGAGUGAGGCUUCUGCUGCACAGUGUACACGUCAAACUCGUAGAGCAUCCAUUGGAGUGUCUGAAGAAGCACAGAAGGCCACUGUUGGAAAGAGACGUAGAACAGAAGGUAGCACUAGCACCACUGUGCCGAAUCGUGUGUUCUCUGACAGUGAUGAUGAACCUCUUAUCAGAAUGGCUGGCCGCCUAUCUGAGAAGAAAGCUGGGUUGGUAGAUAAGGCAACAGAAGAUUCUAAUUCACAACAGAAUAAAUCUGGUUCUGCUCAAAGAUAUGGCGUUUUGUGCUUGCCGGCUCCUGGAAUUCUUUCACGCAGAAAAGCAGCGUCUGCUAAAAACAAGAGUAAGCCCCCUCAAAUUGAUAAAUCAAAAUUGUUCAAGACAAGCCUGUCAUCUGAGGGUUUUUCAGAGCCAUCACCAUCAUCUCUGUCAGAAACCAUUGCAGAUGCUGCAGGAGACCCUCUUGAUACUAGAGCACACUUUGACGAUCUGGAAUCAAUGUCGGGAGGGGUGGAGGCCUUAGAUGCCCUUGCAGGUGAAAUCUCUCAGGUUAUGUCAUGUCGCUUAAGUUUUGGCAGUGCACAGGAAAUUCAGAGUUUAAUGACAAGUGAGUUCUCUGGUGCUUUUGAUGAAAAUGUUACCGGUGCCAUGCUUCUUGGCGCUCAAGAUAGUCGGUCAGCAUCUUUCGAAGGAGGCUUGAAUCUUCUGAAACGGGACGAUACACCAUCUAAAAUUGAUGCGUCAACAAACACGAGCGAUGAAGGAAUGGCUCUGCUUGCAGCCUCAACACCUGAGGAAGUUGUCAUGACGCCAGAGGAGGUGUCUGUUGGAACACAGACGGGCAUAUGUGACACAGACAGGCUAAGCAAUGAUGCAGGUCUUCAGGCACUGCAACCAACUGCAAGGAGGCUCUCCUUUACUACUUCAGAAGCAAACAGUGUAGCAGCCCAAGAAUUCAGCCCUGAAAUACAGAAGUCAUUCCCUGCAUCGCCAAAAUCAAAACCUACAUCGCCAGUGCAAAAGCUUGUGCCUACUCUAAAUUGCUCAACAAUGCUAGAUGCAAGAGCAGACCAUACAAGUGUGGACCCAGCAUUGGAAGUCAAUGCUAGGAACAGUUCUAAGCAAACUAAUACUUCCUUAUCUGCGCAUGCUCCCAGUUCAAAGUUGGGAGGGGCAAAGGCUGUGCCAGAAAUGAAAGGGCUUCAUAUAUCUGGUGCAGCCAAGAGAACCACAGUUGAUGCGCCAGUGCAGAGGCAUGGCUCACUCAAUCCAACGCUUGGAUCAAGGGCAAGCGUUGCAAGAGCAAGUGUUGCAAGAGCAAGUGUUGCAAGAGCAAGUGCUGUGAGGGCAACUGUUGCAAGGGCAAGUUUUGUGAGAGCAAGUGUUGCAAAGGCAAAUGCUGCAAGAGCAAGUGCUGCAAGAGCAAGUGCUGCAAGAGCAAGUGCUGCAAGAGCAAGUGCUGCAAGAGCAAGUGCUGCAAGAUCCAGUGUUGCAAGAUCCAGUGUUGCGAGGUCAAGUGUUGCAACAGCAAGAGCUGUGAGAACAAGUGCUGUGAGGUCCAGUGUUGCAAGAGCAAGUGCCAGGGCAAAUGUCACGAGUGAUACAAGGACAAGUGAUACAAAGGCAAGCAAUUUGAGGGCAAGUGAUAUGGAAGCAACUGAUGCGAGGACAAGCAAUGUGAGAGCAAAUGAUGAAAGGGCAGGUGAUGUAAGUGCAGGUGAUCGAAGGAUGGGCAUUGCAAGGGCUCCCAAACUUGGUUCUGCCAAAAUGGCAUUCACUUUUACUAAAUCUGGACCUUCCAAAAGGGGCAAAGCAGCCUCAGACGAGACCAGGAGGAUCAAACUAACACCUUUGGACAGCAAGAAGUUUCCAAGUGGGAAUGACCCAGCAUGCCUUGUGGCUGCUCCUACAUACAGGCCCACAGCAGAUGAAAUGCGGGAUCCUAUUAGCUACAUUACCAAGAUAAGACCAGAAGCAGAGAAGUUUGGCAUCUGCAAAAUUGUCUUGCCACCCUCUUUCCAGCCUGAAUGCAAGGUGUUUGAUGACAUGAGAUUUACUGCUUACAAUCAGUACAUUCACAAAAUGCUUUCAAGGUGGGGCCCAAAUGUGCAGCACAUGGCAUGCAUCAAGCGCUGUUUCACUAACCAGGGUAUCACUGAUGACCAGCCGCCUUUGAUAGGCGGCAUAGAGCUGGACCUCUCUUAUCUAUACCACACAGUGCAGAACUUUGGUGGUAUACAGCAGGUGAUGGAAAAAAAGAAAUGGCACAGGGUAGCUGAUGCCAUGCACAUACCCAAAGCUGCACAAGACAGGGUGUCAAAAGUGGACGACGCCUAUUGCAAGUUUGUCCUUCCUUAUGACCUCUUGUCGGUCGAUGAGAAGAAGGCAAUUGAACGGCAAGUUGUGGCAGACAGAGAACGUCAAAUGGCUGCUGACAGUGAACCGUCGUCCACAUCAGCAGAUGAAGAAGAGGAGGAGGAAUUCAGUAAUGAGUGUGUUGCAAAGGUAUCGAGGCACUUUGCCAGUCGUGCUUCGCACGGACGCAUGAGGCAACCGCCAGCAUGGACGGACCAAAGCAACACACGCAAGGGCCGCAACAUGUCAUUAAGUGUGUUCUCCAGAGUUGCUCGCAACACAAUGUCAAUGUGGUACAAGCAUGAGCCUUCAACAGAGGAAGUAGAGAAAGAUUACUGGAACCUGGUAAUAGACCAGAGGCGUCAUGUCUGCGUUCAUGCAGGAAAUAUUGACAGCAGUGUUCAUGGCAGCGGCUUCCCAACUAAUCGGCUUGUCCAAUUCGCCAAGCACCCAUGGAACCUGAAGGUGCUUACCAACAACCCAGGAACUGUUCUACGCUGCAUGGGACCUGUGUCAGGGGUGACGAUUCCCACAUUGCACCUUAGUAUGCUGUACACAACCGGCUGCUGGUACAGGGACCCUCACUGCUUACCAUGGGUUGAGUACCUUCACACUGGUGCAAACAAGAUCUGGUACAGUGUUCCUGCACAUAGCUCAGACCGGUUUCGUGCAGCAAUGAAGGAGAUAAUGCCACAGGUUUGCAAGGACAGUGUUAUCUGGCUGCCUUCAGACUGUGCCAUGGUGCCUCCUCCUCAACUUGUGGAACAUGGCUGCCCCUUGAGCCGUUUGGUCCAGGAGAAGGGGCAGUUCGUGGUCAUUUUUCCAGGCGCCUUCACCUCCACCAUUGCAUGUGGCUACUCUGUGUCUGAGUCUGUCUAUUUUGCCACCCAAGACUGGUUACUCCAGGCAGCAGAAUGCUUCGAGCACAUGAAAGCGAGCUGUGAACCACCGACAUUCUCCUUUGAGAAAUUGAUCUUGGGAAUUGCGACUGAACUUCGAGAGAGCCUAGAGACCUGUCGUUGGACCCUUCCACUGCUUCGAAAAAUGUGUGAAAACGAACAAAGGUAUCGUACCCAGCUUGUGGAGAUGGGUCUGAAGACAUUUGAGCGCCUUCGCUUUGAUGAAGCGGCAGACCCAAGAAAAGCAAAGCGGCCGAGGCUACGACCUGACAAUCACGAGUGUGACUUUUGCCGCAUCAGCUGUCAUGUCUCCAUGGUUGUGAGCAUGGAAGAUGACAUCUUGUACUGCCUAGAGCAUGCUGUGCAUUGCCUGCAGAGGAAAAACAUGAAAUCUUGGAAACUUCUUUAUACCUAUGACAUGGAUGAGCUCAGGUCCAUCCUGCGGAAGCUUGAGCAGCAUGUAGAGUCCCAGGACACUUCUCAAAUGAAGAUGGACUCUGAAUCAUCUCCACUGAAGAAAAAAAUUGCCAAGAAGAAAUGAACAGGAAGAAAUCAUCAGUCAAUACUGGAUGGUUCAUGGUGUAUAUUCCAUCCGAUAUAUAGUACUUUAGAAAGGAAGUGUAUUGACACUGAAGUGUUACUAGGUAUCAUGGGGACAGUGGUUAUGUUCCGUGUUAAGAGCAGGGGCGAUACCAGUAUUUUUCUUUUUGUCUGGGCGGGCGGAGGGUGUAACAAGCAUGAUUCUCUAUUUCCGUUGGGGGUGCAGCAGGGCAUAGCACUCUGUCACUUGGCACUUCAUGGUUGUAGGAGAGGGGUGAUGAGGAGGGGGGAAAAAGAGCGUGUUAAAGGGCCCCUCACCAGGCCCCAUAGCAAAUUUUAGUUGUACGCUGGAAGUUGUUACAUGUCCUCUAGGGAGCGUUCUGCCGCAAAAAUUUUUCAAAUCGGCUCAUUUAUAGCCAAGAUAAACAUAUUUCAGUGCCGUGAACCCGUGACUUCAGCAGGCGGGCUCCACUGCCAAGCAAGACGCUCUCUCCACUCGCUCCGUCUAGCCUACGCAAGCGAAAUUCCUUCCCUGCGUUCUCCCAUACCGGACCUCAAGGAUCGCGUGACGCAUAUGUCACAAGCCCUGCCUAACAUCACUAGCAGUAUAAUUCAGUGCUACACGAAUACUGAGGCAGAACAAGCGGAUCGCAGAGCGGGAUCACGUGCUGGAACACGGUAGAAUAUGGCACAGUUUCGGUACCUGCGCACAUGACCGCACGACCGUGGGAACAAGCAGACGAAGCAGAAGUACAUCUCUCUUGCUUCGGUGCGAAGUAAAGCAAAAAACACACUGACAUUCCGUUUGUGUGUUUAUUAUUUUUCUAAACUUUGAUUCGUCAAUUCAAGCAACAGAUCGCACAGGUAACAGAUGUUGUCUUGAAUAAUUCACGAAAUCGCAUGUCACCAUGAGUGAUGUCACACUGCGGACACGAUUAUUUACGCAUACUGUAGGCACAGGAGCCCGAUUACGUCACCGUCCCUCUCCGGGCGGAUUCGCCGCGAGUGAAGAUGGAAACGGCGUUCAGAGUGAAAUUUCAGGCCUUUCCACGGCACGUAGCGAUGUAAUACUUUGCAGACACGAUUGUUAUCAUGCAAUGUAUGCUCUGCACUUGUCAGCUCAAAAUAGCUAGACCUGGUGAGGGGCCCUUUAAGGUGGUCGGCUGCUCCCACUCUUAGAACUACCCCUGGUUUAGAGCUGAUUGCUGCAUGGUGCACAAGAGUGUUUGUUUUGCUUUAAAUGCUGAGGAGUGAGUAGACAUGACUGCUCUUUUGUCUGCUUCACUGGUUGUCUGAGCUCUAUAUCAGCUAAUAACAGAGCCAAACCUUUCAAGUGAAACAGAAUACACGAAGCACAGGACUGUGAUAUAGCUGCAUUGGUAAGGUUACCUUUAAGCUCAAGGUGACAUGGUAUGUUUAUGUGCAACUGUACUAGUACAUUGCUUUUUGCAUAUUUCAUGCCUCCUAAUUUUCAUGAAGUUACAUGUUACUGCAGCUGGGUCAUAGCAUCAUGUGUCAAUUACAUUUUGUUACUUUUGUAUGUGUGAACUUAAUUACUUUGUGGCUCAGUGAAUGUGCUUUCUAAUAUAGUUAUAAUCUUGGCAUCAUUGUUGUUAGGUUCAGCUUACUUCUUUAGGUGUGUUAUGUCAUGGUUACCUGGUGUGCUUCAUUUUACUACUGUAGUAGCAAAGCUACUUUACUUCCUAUUUAAUAGUUUCCAACAAUUCAAGCACAAAUAAAUGGUACAAAAAUAUGCACGCACAGACAGGACAACACGCUUAAAUUUUGUUUUCUUUUAUAAUGCUUAUUUGCACUACUGCUGUCAUAAGAAACUGCAAUAGCAACUGGCCCAGGACCUAAAUGUGCUUUGUCAGUCUAUCAGCCUUUGUGUAGAAACAGCAGUGUCAGUGCUAGAAGAGAAUAGGGUUUUGGCUUUGGAUUGUGGAAUUCCAUUUUGACUGCCUUCCACUUUGACAGCCCUACAAGUCACAUCUGUUGAAAAACCUGUUUUUGAGCCAUCUCAUGUGGUUUUACGAAAGCUCAAUAUAACAUGUAAUUCGCUGCUGUGAUAGUUGUAAAGAUAGACUCAAGGGAAACUCUUGAUCAGGCUAAACUGGUAGAUUGCUCUUUCAGAACUUGGUCAGCAUUUGUUCAGUGCAGAAAGGAUUGAUUAUAUUAACUUUGCGCCUAAGCUACAUCACUGAUAAUGUUAAUACAGGAUUAUAUUUUCAUGUAUUUGCUCUGUCUUAGCGUAUGUGCCCACAAAAGUUGCCAAGAUGCAUUUUUCUAAUUUGUACAUGCGAUGUACUAAUUAACAUUUAACUAGCCUCUUCCACACUCUGUCACAAUCUGCAGUGCCACAAGGAAUUGGUGCGAAAGGUGGCCUCAGUAUACAUAUGCUUUUAUGCCAUUUUCUGGCAUACAAAGCUUCUACUCAGAAAUAGUGACCUAUUCCGUUUCUAUGUUUGUAGUGAUUGGGCACUUGUAACUUAGUAUUUUCUGCCAUGUCCCUUUAAGGGGGGAUAGGGGUUUGAAAGCUGUCUUUUUUACUUUUGGACCAAAUUUGAUAAAAAGUUGGCAAGCUUGUUUAGUUUCUUUUGAAUGCAAAGUUGAAUUUCUUCUUUCAGGUUUAUUAUCGCAUAAGAUAAUUUAAAAAAUACUUUUACUUUGUUUUUUGAACAAUUUACAAUCAACAAUUGCACAUAAAUAUACAACUAGUACAUGGAUAAAUACUGAAAAGCAUAGGGCACACAAUGAUGGAAGCACUUUUAUGAUAGGGUCAUUGUUUCCUAUUUCAUAGCGCACUGAAGUCCAAUGUUUUGAACAUGAACAGGCAGUAGUCACAAAAAAAAAAAACUAUUUAAAAAAUCUUCCCCUAGCAUUGUGUGCUCCAAACAUCUGGCUCCAUGCUGGAAAAAAAAAUGUUAUAAAUGACCUCAUCCCGCCUUAAAGGGGCCCUGAAACGCUUUUGAAACAUAAUAAAAAAAAAUUUCCCAAUCUCUUAAUGAGACUCCUGUGAAUAUGUGAGCUAGAUAUUGCACUGCAUUCUGCAGCAGAAAAUUUACAAUCUCGUGUCAAAAGCAGUCAACAGUCGCUUGCUCUUUCAUCCGCUAUUUGUCAUUGAAAGCAGUUUGCCAACCAACACUAUUGGCUGCUUUCGUGAUCGCGAGAACAUUGUCAGUAAUACAUAAUUGCUAAUUUUGAGUUAAAUAAAUGAAAAUAUAUGUAUGCCUGUGAUCUCAAAAAGACCAAAAAAUAAUUUAAUCUUUGCACUGCACAUAGCUGCGUCUGAUGCAUGUGGCCUCUUAGAUGACAGCGGCAUGCUGCAUAGCGUAGUCUACUGCAGCCACCAUGGGGUACUGUGACAAGCCCUUUCGCCGCCGCAACGCUCAACUUUUGGCUGGAGCUUUGCUCUCUUGCCUUCUCCUGUGUAGCUUCUAGCGCGCUGGCGGAGACUAAAAGAGAAAGCUGGGUAUCGGUAUGAUAACUCCACUUAUAGUUGAAGGAUUGAAAAACAUUUUUCUGGCAUGAUAUUCAUGGGACGGCAUACUUUAAUAGUGAAGUCAUUGUAAGAUUUGUUAAAAUAGUGUUUCAGGGCUUCUCUAAAGUUCAUUGUCCAUACACAUAUUUAGUAUAGCAUUGGUUGCAUCUGACUGCUGUUGCUGGUUUCUACUAAGCAAUGCAGGAUUGAGCUGGAUGUUUUGUAUUGAUGUCCCAUUUGUUUGAUCACAUAUUGUGUGACUGUCCUUAGUAUGAUGCACAUAGACAAUCACUCUCCAACACAUUAUCAUGAUUGGACGAUCGUAUUUUUAGUGCAGACUUCCUGGAACAGCGACCUCAACAUUUAUCAACGCAAAAGACUUUGCAGGUGCUACUGUGUUUUUAGGUUAACUGGCUUGUGUGAUCACAUUUGGCCUCAUGACAUUUGCAGUGUGUGUGCAUGUCUUCAGGUAACCUUCUCUCAUUUCUAUUCCAUUUUCCUCUGUAUAGGACAGCCAAUGGGGCACUUUAACUACCUCUCCAUAUUUCUCUUUCUCUCUCUCUCUCUCUCCAUUUUCUUGACUAAUAAGUGUAAUACCUAUGCUUGCAAGGACAGCUGUAGCCCCAUGCAGGUGUUUUUUCUUGUAGAUAAGGGGAAGACUGCAGAAAACAAUUACCUUUGGAUGACUUUCUCUGAGCAAAGGGUAAGAGGUAUUUUUUGACUGCAGUAUUAUGCUCUGCAGGGGUAAUGAAAAGUCUAAUUUUGAAAUUAUUCAUUAAGCUGUGCUUUAUCAGAGUUUGUACAGCUUUAUAUAUGAAGGAAUAUAAAUUUCGGUGUCAUUGCUUGUGAAGGUGUGAAGCAAAUUUAGCACCAUGGAUUCUUUAAUCGUCAGACACGUUUUUGAGGGCACACAUUGAGAAGCAAGACAAACCUGUGUCUCUCUUGCUCACCAUUUUCACAUAACGUGAUUGAGAUAUUUCAAAUUUCCUGUAUAAAGGAGUAAAAUUAAGAGCACAAAACGGGAAGUGUUGCUGCUAUCACAAUUUAUUGGAACUACACGGACUCACAGGAAAGGUGGCUUGUCACGGGUCACAGAGGAGACCCAAGCUCUUCUUUUGAUGCAUUUGUAAUUAAGGUAAGAAACAUGUCAUUCUUAACCAGGUCAUUGAGGUAAAAAGCAGCUGUAGCAGUUGUGGUAUUAAGCUUUCGAAUUUUGGGCCUAACCAUCGUGCCUGGGCAGGAGCUUCACAUCUAAGGUUUGAAAUGCCCCUGAUCUAUAUUUUAUGCUCUGGUGCACACAACUAUUGCCAAGCUGCUCUGUAAAUAGCAUGUUCACGUUAAAGGUUACAGUGCUUGGAGUUGUGUAAAUAAUACUGUUAAACUGCAUGCAAGCCCACUUUUCAUGUAGAUAUGUAUUUUAAGUGUUCGUUAUUACAGUGAAAAGUCAAAACGGGCAAUAAUCAUAAAAAAUGAAAUUGUGCUCUUGCAACCAUAUAAGCGCACAGAAGAAUAAGGGCUCCAAAGGCGUGGAUUUCAACGUCUUUGCACUUUAAGCUUUUACAUUCACCCCGACCCCAUUCUUUUAAGAUUGCUUAAUACAGAGAGAGUCCACUGAUACACAGCAAAAUAUUGCUAAAUGGUGGCUGCCACAUAGUUUUAACAUUUCAGGGAACAUUUAGUGUUGAGGAGGCUUGCCAAAAUGUUAACCCGUCGUAGCACCUGCCUACAGCUGCUUAUUAUGUGCACAUUUCGUUGCUUUCAACUUUUGGAUGAGCAAAUGAAAGACGAGAGAAAAAAUUUCUGAAGCAUUGGUUUAAUUCCUUACGGAAUACUAGCAGCAGUUUUUUCGUGAAUAUGCAAAUGUUUUGCAUUUUCAUCUUUAAUAGUUUAUUGUGUCAGUGCUUAUAUAAUGUGAAAAUCAACUUUGUUAAAAAUGUAAGGCCAAUUGCUUCUAGAUUGCUCACACUAAAAAAAUCUCAACAGUUCUCGCUCUACAUAGUUAAUCAGCAUUGUGCAUGUUAUUUCAUGCAUUAUAUUUAAGACAUUGUCACCACAAAUCAUUAUUUUGCAUUGCAUUCCACUUGUUCAAACUGAAUCCAUGACAUUUUCUUCCUUUGACUUCUAUAUGCAGCUUCUUUUUACACGCACAUAUUUGUAUGUUAUCACCGCAGUUAAUUUAUAACCUGAUGAUCUGACUGAUUCACUGAGCUGUCAUUCCAGUAUUAACUUUCUUGUCAUUUUAACAGACAUGAUUGUCAGGGACCUGUUGUGAACUUACGUAUGAAAAUUUUGUAUAAAAUCUUUACCAAUGCCACAUUUCUUUCUUAUUUUAAUGUAGCUUAGCUUUACAGCAAAGAAAAGUGGCCUCUUACUUUUUUUUGUUUUGUUUGUUUCAUUUGUACAUAGAAGGAAUUGCUAUGGUGAAUGCCGUAUUUACUUUUUUUUUUUCAUUUGUGCAUGUGUGUGUGUUGUGGAGAUUUUUGUUAAUGAUUGGUGCGUAAUGUGGCUAAUGUUCACCUUGUGUCAUUUGUAAGAGACAUGCAUGAAUUAACAUUCAGAUGUUCUCAUAUUUUCUCUUUUUUCUUGGAGAUUAUUCAUGGACAGAAAUUCUUUGGCCUGAAGGCAUAUGUGCCUCCCUUAAAAAUAAAAAUGCUGAGGGGCAAGAAAAACAUAAUUGAUAUGAUAUUAAUGCAUUUUGACCAAGGGGAAGGCUUUGGCCUAUUGUCAGCAUUAGUAAAAGCAUCAAGCCGUGGCUUGCAUGCUUUAACAGUGUACAAUCAUUUGACUCAUCAAGUUGAUCCUGCCUUGCAGUUCUUUUCAUUACAUUCAAUUGUCUUCCAAAUCAUUCUGUCACAGAAUAAUUUAGCCUGAUACAUAUUGAGCUGUGAGAAAAUGUAGGACAACUCAUGCAGAAACAUCAAUCGAGUACUCAUUCUUUGCACUCCGUUUGGAAAACAAUAUAUAUUUCACAUUAAUAUGCAUGUGCAGCCAUCAAGAGACAAGAUGUGAGAAUCAGAUAAUUGUUUUAUGCAGCAUAUUUAUAGAAAGUGAUGCCUCCUUUUAAUGUUGUGAAUUUGUCUGCAAACAUUUGGGCUUCCUGAAUUGCAAAUUCUUCCCAGAAUGUACUGUGUAACAUUAAGUGUGGUCAAAUUGUAAACUCUGUCAUAGCACAAGAAACUUAUAAUGAUCACAGAGAAUGUUUCAUCCACUUGUGCAGUAGUGAGAGAAACGGCUUGAGAAACAUCAAGCGCAGUGCCUCUGGUAUAAGUAAAGAUUGCACUCCAGCUUUUAUAACCUAGAUUUAUGUUUCGGAUGUUGACAUAGCUGUGUGCUGUCUGGUUACGCUACUGGUAGCCAGUACAAACAUUGCUUGCUGAUUACUUUAUCUAACUUUGCACACCAGGUUUUUCAAAUGGGCUGAGCACACAGACUUUUCCACUGAGUAGUGCUUUUGAAUUGUGCAAGCUUUGCAGUUUAGUCAUCACCUGUGUCUGGGGUUCAAGGUUACCACAGUAAACAGUGUAGGAGCAUCAACCAAAUUAAAGUUUUUCCAAUCCAUCAACCAACUUGCAUUGCUGCGUCACCUAUGACUUGAUAAUAUGCUGUUCAGAACAUGUUGCGCGUUCAUGGCGAGUUUGCUGGAGCUUCAUACAAUGUCUCACAUGCAAUGAUAUCUCUUUCAUUUGGUGCUACAGUGAUAUGAGCUAUUAUAUUAUUUCGUGGUUUACUUUGGAGUAGUGAGAACAGCACUUGGUUGGUGCCAAACUAGGCAAAGGGGAAAAUACUUUGCAUAAAAGGGGUCAUGAGAGCUUGAGAACACAAAAUGUGUAUGCCCAGCACAGUCUUAAAAAUUUCUUGGCAUCUAGAUGAGGCAUCUGUGUAGUUUCCUGUACACUUAGUGUGCAUGGUUUGUAGGCAAUAUGCACAGUAAUGCUUGUUCAGAUGUUGCGUGAACAUCCCACAAACUUUUGUCCCUGUCUCCACUUUAAUGUUUCUUUUCAACUCUAAACACUUUUCUACUCUGCGUUUACAGGAGUGAUUCAUUCAAGGCUCAAGGCGUUAGCUUUGAAUGUAUCUUCUGAUAAAAUAUGGGCUAACACCUUUUUCUCUUGACAUUUCUUGUAUAUAAAUGGACUUCUCAAGAUAAUUUUUCUUCUCCGAGUGUAAAGGGCUCAGUUGUAACAGAAAGCAAAUGUUAAACCUGACUCAAGGUCUAACAGUGUUCGUUUUUAGCAUUCAGCUGCUGUUUUUUUUUUAUCUGGCACAAAAUAGCAUCACAGUUCUUAUUUCGUCUCUUUUUUAAUAGUCGUGAAGUGCUUUUAUUCAUGUAUCUGUAAAAACAAUAGUCAGCUAAGAGAUUUUGAUACUGCCAUGCUUAGAGAGGGCUUUGUUUUUACAAUGUUUAAUACUGUGGGGAAUAGCAUGCUGCAUGUCUAUUAUAUAUUGUCAUUUGACACAGGAAAAGAGAGAUGCAUGUGGUUGCCACAGUUGUGAAAUGUUGUUAAUGUUUAUUGUAAGCAUGCUGGCUAUGUAAUUCGAUGAGACACAUGAAACUGAUUUUUGAUAUUGUGCUUUAAAGUGGUUUGCUUAUGUUAUAUUUAGGCUUUAGGCAUGACUUCUUGAUCUCUGAAUGUGUGUAUAUGGGGGGGUAAGCAGCAUUCAUGGGUGCUUUGCGUUUUAUGUAAUCGCCUAUGUAGCUAGCAGGUUGUUCUACAAUAACAGGGUACAGGUAAUUUCUGGUUCUAGGACCACCACUGUACAAAGCCAAAGACAGUCAUAACUUCUGUUAGGACUGCAAAGUAGCUCUCGAGUGAGAAUGUUGCUGUCGGAGCAUUUUGCAGAACUGAAAGCCAGUCUCGCAGAAUGCUAUGUGCUCACAGUAGUGCCUAAAUCUUGUGUUUGGACAAGCAGAUUAUAUUGGUACCAUUGACCAUGCUAUCCUUCACUUUUAAAUGUGCAAAUUAUGGUUUUAGUCUAGACUUGUGGGAAAUAUGGCAUUUAUUGCUAUUGUUAUGCCCAGUUCUUCCGCAUGGCCAAACAGUUCACAUUUUAGGCAUUGUGCUUCAACCAGUUGGAAGUUAUGAUUGUCAUAUUGGAACACCAAUGCUGUUUUCACCAAUGAAGCUGUUUACUUAAAGAAAGGUGUAAUGUCCUGAAACUUGCAUGUCAAAACGAGUUUUAAAGAUAUAAUGCAUAUGUUCUGAGAAAAUAUUGUGGAGCGCUGUAAUGAGUAGCUCAAAUGAAACUUGUACCAGAAGAAACUGGCAUUUAAAUGGAAGUUAUUUCACAUUUUUUGUGCUUCAGCCAAACAAGUGAUUUUUCUAUCAACCAGAGCAUACAUGAAACGCUUAGCAUAACCCAUUUGAUAAAAUCCUAGUUAUAGACUUGUGGAGCUUAUUUUUCUUCCCCCAAGAUGUGGGCCUUUGUGUGGAAAAAGCAGCAAUGGUGGUACAGUAACUAUUGAUGGGUGGACUCAUUUAUGUGCACAAAAUGCACAAGUGAUAAAUGCUGCUGGGACUACUACUGCUAUGGUAGAUUUGGGCAACAUUCUUUGUAACACAAGCUAUGCAAGGUCCUUUGACCAUUUCAUAUAGAAGUCUGCAAAAACUCUUGUCACAUUAGUCAUUUUCAAUGCACAAAAUGGUUUCAUGAUGCACAUCGAUUGUUUCAUUCAAUAAGCGGUUCACCAUAGAUUGAAAUGACGAUUUUGCGUGUUUUGUGUGUACUUGAAUGUAAAUGUAGCUUUAUUAUUUACUUAAGAUAUUUUGAGGAACAUAGCAAAAUUUUUGCAGUGCACCUUAGCAGAUAAACUGCAUAGUAGGCGAUGCUCAUGUUUGGACUUUUCAAGACAUAGUGUAUGUAAAACAUGAGCCUGGAGAAUAUGUGCAAGGCAGUGGAAUUUCUGCAUCUGCUUCUUAAUAGUACAUGUCACUAAGAGUCAUUGGCAUAGCAUCAUGUUGUGGUGUCUUGACUGGUGAAUUGACUGAAGUAUUAUGAGCUGCAGUGAAAUGUCCCUGAGUGUAAGACACUUUUGAUGCAUUCCUCGUGUAUCCUGAUGCAGUUUUGACAAGUUUGAAUGUCAUGUUUUAAGCAACUAUGGGGUGUGAUGUGGUGUUGAUUCUUGUGUAAAUAUUGGUACUGAAAUAUAGUGUUUUCUCUUUGGA